UCCACCUUGCUCUCUCUCUCCAGCACGCAGCCACUCAUCCCCGUUCCCCAAACCCUCCCCACCGCCGGCCGCCGGCCGCCUGCGUGGCCGGUGCCUCCGUCGCGGACCCUCCGGUGGCUUGCCCCUGCGUCGAACGCCUCCUGCAGCGCCCUGCGGCCUGCGCCUAAGAACUGUAGUGAUGGAAGGCCAAGCAAAGGCUAGUCUUGGUCCAAGGGUGAAGGCUAACCUGGUUCUUGGAGCAGAAUCAUUUGCUAUCAGCUCCGAGUCAGGUAGUCUGUCCGAGCAGCUGGCCACGAUGAAGGAGAAGGGCAUGGUGAUUCUCAAGGAAUACAUCACCAAGCACAAUGCUCCAAACGAUGUCCCUGAUGAGUCCGUUGAGGGUGAAUCUGAUGACGAGGGUGAAGCACUUGUCAAGAACCCCCCAAAGAAAUCUAAGAAGCAGAAGUGAUCAUCCUGACUUCAUCUGAUUCAUUGCUAGGCACAGCUAAUGUAUCUUUCUCUACGCUUUUGACAGAGAAAUACCAUAUCAUUGUUUGGCACAUUUUGCUUUUGUAAGAUUGGAUAGUUGUCAGGCACAACUUGCAGGUGUAAAAACUUGGUGCUCAUGUCAUGCAACUCAGCAGCAGUUCUGCUUCUCUCUGUUGUCUUUUCAUAUUUUCUUGCACUGGACAAUGGCGCCGGUACCCCUUCUCGUUUGUCCGUGCGCUGCAUAAAUGUGUAGCAACUGAAGCACGAGAAUGUGUGCCAGUAGAAACUCCAUACUAUUCUCAA